AUGUUCGAGGAGGAUGUGGGGGGGGGGGGGGUUGCAGGUGCAGCUCGAGGCGUUUGCCUCGUACCCAUUCGCAACCUCGACAUGGCUUUCCAAAACGUCUUUGGCCCUCUACGGCCUCCACAAAUGUUAACAGACGGAUCUCUUGGCCAAGACCUUGGAUCUCAUGCCUCUGAAAUAUCACUCGCAUAUAAGAAUACUGCGGGCAAUACUCAUGUCCUCCCAAUCGCCUUGAUCAGUGCGUUCGACUAUCCGGAGAAGCGCAACCGGAGAACUAGUGACAUGCAGUUCGAGUUUUAUGCCUACGCAACUAUUUUUGAGGGCGAAAUCCUCAUCAGCAUGAUAGCCUUGGACCAUGACGGAUAUUUUCCAUUGAAGACGCUGCUUGCCUACAGUGCUGAUAUGCAUCCAGCUCCCACCCGCUGUCACAGUCCAGAGUCUUACGCGAUACAGGAGCUCCAGAGGAACAGUGAGCUGCAAGAGUCGGAGGCAGGUAUCAAGAUCCGAACAAUCAAUUUGUCCUUCCCGCAUUACCUCUUUCGCCGACGGAACGGCGCACACGACCUGACCUUGUACCUCUCUCGCUAUAUGCAUUUUAUUCGUCAGGAAUGGGGCGUUGGCAUCGAUGUUAGGACAAUCAAUGAGGGAUUUGCACUAUGCUUGUACAUAACGGAACCGUUUUAUGAUAUUCACCUCGCUACGUCUCGGCAACAACUUGCCGACGUCUUCGGCAAACUUGAUCGAUCGAAGGGGAUCAAUCUGAUGAUCAUCGACAUAGGAGGAAGCAGCGUGAAUAUCCAAGUCGUCAGUCUAUACUUUGAUGAACAGGGCUGCUUUCAGUGCAGUCAAGGCCAGGAAUGGUCUCCCGGCACCGUGGGCGGCAGUGACCUAUGCAACAGCAAGAUCAUGGAUUUCGCCCGGGGGCAGUUGCAGUCUGCCUUACAGGAUCAUAUCCCUGCCGGGGAGCUUCCGGAGAUAAUGAGAGACUUUGAGCAGCAGAAAUGGAAUCUCGACUUCGCGGCGACCGUGGACGCGGAAGGGAACAACCUGAACGGGAAGAUCAUGCUUGAUGGGAAACCCAAGAGCCAGCUCACGCUUAGAGGAACCAGUCAGAAGGUGAUCGUCUCUACCGAUAGGGUCAGGACGCUCUAUACAGAUAUUUUUGCUCAAGGUUGCCAUAUCUGGAAUGCCGAGAUCGACCGCUAG